AUGCCCGCGGUGACCAGACCAGUCCUCCCACCUCUCCAAACCCCCAAGACGGCCUCUUUCCCCUCCGAGAUCGUCGCAACCCCGAUAUCAUGCGUUUCCGCCGUCGUCAAGCAAGAGAAUGCGAAUCUGAGCACUCCCAUUACACCUCCGGUUGCCUACACCGAGUUCCUCAAGGCUCUGACUCCUGUCCUAGCCAGUCCCCCCGUAAGCAGCGGGCUUCAGAGGUCAAUGUCGGAUGAGUCGACGUGUACCAGGCACUCUUUGAUAUCCAACGGGUCCACGUCUUCUAGUCUAUCCUCCAGCAAAAGCGAAAGCCACAGGUCACCAGCCAGUUCCGUCCCGCCAACUCCGUACUCUCGCAAGACUCCGACUCACCUGCGGCGGCUGCGGAUACCACAUUCUCCAGCGUUUUCUCCAUCCACCUCCGGACCCUCUCCGCGGACUGCUCUGAGUGGCAUGAGCACUGGCGGCAUCUACUCUCCAUUCUCGCCGGCGGACUGGAACUGCGAGAGUGCAACUCGGCGGUACUUCGAGGCGCCAAGGAGUGCGUGCUCGAAGUCGGUCAAUGUUCGAUCUGUUGUGACGAGGACGGUGACAUAUAAACGGUCGCCGCCCCUCGAUCCUGCGCCCAAGGGCAAGAAACGCAAGACCAACACUACAGACAUGCCGCCGCCACCCAGCGGCAAAGACUUGGGCGCCAUCAAGGCGCUUGAUUUCCCUUCGACACUGAUCGAGUCACAAACGACUGUCAUCAGUUCGCCUUCUGCAUCAGCCAGCUCCUCGCCAACAGUGGUCACUACUCCCCCGACUGCCGUCGUAUGA